AUGUCUGAUCGGACAAACAAUGCUACGCCUCCACCAGCCCAGAUAGAUUUUAUAUCGACUCGGAAUAGGGUGAAGCCAGGGACGGAUACCUCAGAGUCUAGAACACUGUUACUCAGCCACGUCUCUUUCAGUGUUAUCAUAGUAGUUACCGAUGUUGAUGCCACCUCUGCAUACCUAGCACAGUCAGAAAUAGAUACCUCGGCGGAAUUUUCCCCUUCGAACGGCGAUAAUGACGGUGCGAGUGAUGAUAUUGGCGAAGGAAGAGAUGAUGGUGCCGCUGAUUCUGCUGCUAUUGAUGGUGAUGAACUGAUUGAUGGUGCUGAUGAUGAUGAUGAUGACGACGACGACGACCACGAAAAUGAUGACGCUGCUGUAUUUGUGACAGGAAGAGCCAUUUCCGCCGACUGCUUUGCAGGCCACACAGGUGUUGAUAGCUCGGUGCAUCUGAUGUACAACACAUUCAGCAACUUUGCACGGCAUUUUUCCACGGCUUCUUAA